CCCCCCGGCUGGUUCGUUUCGCUCACUCGCUCAUUCAUCUACCCGGGCGGCCCUCCUUCAAUUCUCUCACCUCCCCCCCCGUCUGCCCUUCCAUCCCGUCUAUCCCGCCCAUCUCUUUCAUCUCUCGCUGCAUCGCAUCGUCAAGGGCCCGCAGACCAUCGCCAUCGCGCUCGGGGGACAACCGCGGCCGCGCGCGUCUCAUGGCCAUCCAGCGUUGAGAAGCGCCAGAUUCCGCGGCAAUUGGGACCUGCGCUGCCUCCGCCAGGCUUCGCAUCCCAGGACCUGCUCGCCUCGCCGCCUCGCUUCUGGCCGCCGGCCCCCGCGCAGAGUCCCGUCUCUGCGCCCCGACCGCACCGCACCGCAGACGCAAUCGAGUUCCUCAACGUGGUCCGACAGAUUCCUCGAUUUCCCCUUGACGACGCCAACGGACGGCGGCGACUUCGAACGGCCUAUCCGCCGACAACGUCUUUUUUGCUGCAGCCCCGCCUCCAACGGGCUGCCCCCGUAUGACCUCGUAGGCAGGCCAAAACGCUUUUGCUGUCGCCCGCUCGCCCGCCAACGCCACCACCAACGGCCCCCUCUUGGUCCCGCCACGGGCUCUCAACCCAAUUCGCGACGCCGUCCCCCAAAUCUCUCGCCAUCAUGUCCGCGGAAAUGUCAGAAGACGAAGCAGGACCGCUGUCGGUUGGCGACUGGCAGCUCCCCGAUGCCCCGUCUCCAGCCGACAGCAUCAAGUCCGACACGGAACUCGACACUGCAGAUCCCAACGCGCCAUCGCAGCCCAUUCAGAAGCGACGUCGGGUCACGCGCGCCUGCGAUGAAUGCCGUCGCAAGAAGAUCAAGUGCGACGGAAAGCAGCCCUGCACGCACUGUUCCGUCUAUAGUUAUGAAUGCACAUACGACAAGCCCUCCAACCGCAGGAGAAAUCCCGCACCGCAGUAUAUCGAGGCCCUCGAGAGCCGCCUUCAGCGUGCCGAGACGCUCCUGCGCAAGUUCAUGCCGGACGUCGACCUCGCCGAUCCGAACCUCGAUCCCGCAAUUCAGCAAGAGUUCCACAACCGCGAACAUGCUCGCGCGACCUCCGCCAAGAUGCGAGCCGUGGCCGGGGAGCUGGAUCCCAACGAUGCCAAACUCACCACCAUGAUCGAUUCCAUUGGCCAGUUGGACCUCGACGACAAGGGCGGCUGGGAUUUUCACGGGACAUCGUCUGGUGCCGUGUUUUUGAGGAGAAUGAAGGACCACUUUCGCGGCAUGAUGGGACCGGCGUCAAAAGCCCCAUUCCUGCCAAGGCCUGAGCGGCCGGCGGGUCUGGUCGCCCUCGACUCGCCCUCCCCCGGCGGCACGCCCUUUUCGACGCUGUCACAGUAUCCAGAUCUGCCACCAAAGGACGUGACUCGCAAGCUAUGCUACUACUCGCUGAGCUGCGCCACGUGUCUCGUCCGCAUUAUCCACGUCCCUUCCUUUUACGAACGGUUCGACCAAGUGUACGGCCGCCCGAUAGAGAGCCUGAACCAAGAGGAUACGCAUUUCAUGGGCCUGAUAUAUGCCGUCAUCGCGCUCGGGUGCAUGUACGACACUCUGGACGACGCCAAGCCUGAGAGCGGGGCGUAUAAGCUGGCCAUUGACGAAGGGCUCAAGUAUUACAAGGCUGCCAGAGCUCUGCUGCAAGACCUCGCCGAGUGUCGCGAUAUAGUGUCAUUGCAGGCACUGCUUUUCAUGAUUCUCUUCCUACAAGCCACCUCCAACUUGAGUGCAUGCUACGCCUUCGUGGGCGUUGCUCUGCGGUCCGCCCUGCGCAUCGGCCUUCACCGGAACCUCCAGCAUGAAAAGAUCGGCGCCAUUGAGCAGGAAGUCCGAAAGAGAGUGUUUUAUGUGAUUCGACAAAUGGACAUUUACGUCUCGACCAUGCUCGGCUUCCCGCUUCUACUCAACAUUGACGAUGUCGACCAACCAUACCCGAGCGAGAUUGAUGACGAAUACAUCACCAACUCGGGCAUCAUCCCCCCACCCCCGGGGACGCCAUCAUUCUUCGAAGCCUUCAACGCGCAGACCCGUCUGAUGGAAGUCUUGGGGAAAAUCACGAAAUACGUCUACCCGCUGCACGGCCAGGGCCAACCGAUGCUCAAGGGAGACAAGCCUGCGCCCACAUACGUCAUCAGCUACGCCCGUAUCAAGGAGAUCGAGACGGAUCUCCAAGGCUGGUUCGAGAGGCUUCCCGAGAUGUGGCGGCCCAGCCCUGAUGGCCCCAUUGAAGUUGUCCGGGUCCGUCAUCUGCUUCGGUUUGCGUACGCACACGUGCAGCUUGUGCUGUACCGGCCAUUUCUUCACUACAUCUCUCCCCGCCUCAUUCAGGCAAACAAGGUUGACGAGCUGUCAUACGCAUGCGCCGCCGCCGCCAUCAGCGUGUCGCGCAACAUUGUUCACAUUGGCCUUGAGAUCCGGAAGCAACGGGUUCUCAGCGGGCCGUACUGGUUCAUGCUCUACACGGAAUUCUUUGCCGUCAUUUCACUCGUGUUCUAUGUCCUGGAAAACCCAGAUAAGCCUGGUUCGGCCGAGGUGCUGGCUGAUGCUCGCGCGGGACGGCAGAUGAUUGCCGACCUGGCAGACAAGAGCAUGUCGGCCGACCGGGUUACGAAAGCCCUCAAGCCCCUCUUCGACCAGUUGCCGGACCGGCUGGACCAGGUCCGUUCGCGCCCGAUACCGACGAAAAAGAGAUCGGCGGCGGCGGCCAAGUCUGGAUCCUCUGGCCAGCCGCAGCGACCCGGGCUCAAUCCCGGCAUGGCUGUGGGAACGCCAGAUUUUCUGCGGCAACGCACGAGCAGCUUCGCGGGCGUGCCCUACACAGCGUCGACAGCGCGAGGCUCGGUCGACAGCAUGGUUCAAGACGCGAGCUUCGAGUCGAGCUUCACGGCGAGCAUGCAUGAUAUUAUCCCCAUGGACCUGUCGUCGCGUGCCACGCCAGACUCGACGAGCACGGGCAGCUCGAACCGGCACCAGUUCCAGACGCCGACGUUAGGCGCCCAGGGCCUGCACAACCCGGUCAACAAGCUGGACGCACUCAUGUUCCCGUCGGAGGACCCGUUUGCGUACCCAAACCAGCCGAUGAUGGAGCUCGGGUUCCAGCCCAAGGCAGACGGGCCGUCGGUGACAAUGGCGGCUCCGGGACCCGACCCGACCUUCUUCUUUGGCGGGUCGCUGGACGACGUUGGCGAACAGCUCUUGGGCCAGCCGCCGCCAUACAUGAUGCAGCAGCAGCAGCAGCAGCAGCAGCAACAGCAGCAGCACCUGGGGCUCAUGGGCAACGCUUAUAACCCGCACAAUAUGCUCGCGAUGCACGCACCGCAACACCAACCGCAGCCGGCGGUGCAGCAGCAGCAGCAGCAGCGACCUCCGGUGCAGCACCACAGCGGCGGAGUGGGGGGCUUCUUCUCGAGCUUCCGACGGGCGCGGGCAGACCGACAGCAGGAGCGGCAGAUCGAGCAGAUGUUUACGCAGCAGGGCAUGCAGCCCGACUGGGGGAGUUUCUUUGGUUCCGGACGGGGCGGAUUUCAAGGGAUGUGAACGGCCAGAUGACCACGUGAUACCCAUCUUUAUAUUUCCCUUUAUAUCUCGACACUUACGGCUCUUUGGAGGUGUUUUUGGUUCAUUGGGCGGGAGGAGCAGCCAGCCUAGGGUCUACGAUGACGUCCUUUCACGUCUUAUUUGCAGGAGUUUUUUUCGACGCUACGGGCUUACAGGGACAUACACAUACACGAAGGCUACGGGGUAUGGAAGCUUUCUGGACAUGCAAGAGUUGGACACGAGGACGUGGGCGAGUGUACAUGGGCAGGGUCGAGGGCGGACCGCCGCUCUGGCAAGGACGACCAUGAUGGUGAUGGUCGCUGCGGGGUCGGAUAGUAUGUAGCUUUUGCAUGCAAGUGUACAUACUGAGCCUAAUACAGUAUACUGUGAAGGCG